AUGACAGCAACACGAGAGAAUCUAGCCAAGUCUACCGUCAAGAGUGGAGACGUAGCGUCAACCCGCUCCGGCUACGGCAGUGUCGUCCGCACCACGCUAGCGAGCGCACGUGUUCCAAUAAAGCCCGUCAAAAUUAACUCCUCUAGUGAGAUCGAGGUGCGAGCGGCGUUGCCCGGGGGGGCGCGUCGCCGCAGAUUCGUGAAGGGCUGGAAGAAAACCAUGGGGGUCAUAUCGAAGACUUUCGGUGUCGUUUUCAGCCUCCUGUUCGAACAGGAGAUUAUGAGUUACGUGCCAGCUUCUGGGGCUCCGGAGCCUUCGCCGGUGGCGUCCCCUGCCGCCGCGAGGAGCACCCGGGCACCCGCCCCACAGAGAAGGGACUUCGAGGCUAAACUACGAGCCUUCUAUAGGAAACUAGAGAGCAAAGGAUACGGACAAGGACCGGGGAAACUAAAAUUACACAUCCGGCGCGAACAUCUUCUAGAAGAUGCGUUCAGACGGAUCAUGUCUUGUAGCAAGAAGGAAUUACAGAAGGGCAAGCUGUGUGUGUUAUGGGACGGCGAGGAAGGCUUGGACUACGGCGGACCGAGCAGGGAGUUCUUCUUCCUCCUCUCAAGGGAACUCUUCAACCCUUACUACGGACUAUUCGAGUACUCUGCCAACGAUACAUACACGGUCCACGUAUCGCCCAUGUCUGCCUUCGUUGACAAUCAUCACGAAUGGUUCAGAUUCUCCGGCCGCGUCCUCGGGCUGGCGCUAGUCCACGGCUACCUGUUAGAGGCCUGGUUCACACGAGCCCUGUACCGCGCGCUGCUCCGCCUCCCACCGGCCCUCGAGGACGUUGAUGCGCUCGACGCGCAGUUCGCCGCCUCACUGAGAUGGCUUCAGUCUGCUCGUUGCGUGUCGUCUCUGGAGCUAACGUUCGCGGUGUCGGAGAGGUUGGCGGACGGGCGCGUGUUGGAACGGGAAUUGAGGCCGGGCGGGCGGGAACUGGCUGUUACUGAGAGGAACAAGAAGGACUACCUCGAGCGACUGGUACGAUGGCGCGUGCAGAGAGGAGUAGCCGAUCAGACAGAGUGGCUCGUGAGGGGCUUCCAUGAGGUAGUAGACCCUCGCUUGGUGGCAGCCUUUGAUGCUCGUGAGUUGGAAUUGGUGAUAGCGGGUGCUCCAGAACUAGAUGUAGCGGAUUGGAGGACACACACGGAGUACCGGGGAGGGUACCACGACCAUCACCCCGUCAUACUAGCCUUCUGGCAGGCCAUCGACAGAUUCACAAACGAGCAGCGUCUGCGGUUAGUUCAGUUCGUGACGGGGACGUCUUCUAUACCUUACGAAGGUUUCUCAGCGUUGCGGGGCUCCACGGGCCCGCGCAGGUUCUGUAUAGAGCGCUGGGGCCGCACGGAGUCCCUGCCGCGGGCCCACACGUGCUUCAACCGGCUCGACCUGCCGCCCUACCCCACGCUGCAACUGCUGCACGAGAAACUAUUGCUGGCCGUCGAGGAGACCAACACCUUCGGCAUAGAAUGA